AUGCGUUGCUAUGUCAUGGCAUCUACACUUCUGGUCGGCAUGCUUGGUAUUCUGCUCGUGCGCCAACUCCCAUACGCAAAUAAGGGAGGCCGCCUGGUAGGAAUUUGGCUGUCCUUUACCUUCGGUUGCGGGUUCCCUCUAAGCCUGAGUAUCAUCUCGAGCAACUUCGCUGGAUACACCAAGAAAACCACCGUUGCGGCCAUCUUGUUCAUGGGCUACUGCGCCGGAAACAUUGGUGGACCGAUGGUUUUCAAGGCACAAGAAGCUCCACACUACCAGUCCGCGUAUGCAGCCAUCCUUUCGUGCUUCUGCAUUGGUAUUGCCACUAUCCUCGGUCUCCGCUUCUACAUGUCGUCGGAGAACAUGCGUCGCGACCAGGCGCAAGGAUGCGUUAUUGACCCUGAGGCCAAGACCGAUUCGAACGACGAGCUCACUAGGGAAGCCGAAGAAGAAGAAGAACGGGGAAAUCUCGACGUGGAUGUUUCAGACUGGGUGAAUAAGAGUUUCAGAUAUUGCUUGUGA